UGCAAACUAUCGCUGUGUGCUUCCAAUUUCCACGGGUGAAACCCACGCUUCUCCAUCUAUAACUAGCUCUCCGUAAAUCGUUGUUCUUUAACUGUUGAGUCGCUAGACUCACAUUUUAUUCAUCCAUCUACCCCGCCAACCCAAGUUCCCUACCUGCAAAGAAAAUCGCCUCACUCAACCGUCGCGAUGAACGUCAUCAAACUCCAAAAAAAAUACCCCCAGUUCCAGCAGAGCGAAAUUUUUUCACUCCAAGAUGCUUUCCGACGCCUAGACGUCGAUGACAAGGGCUAUCUUGAUGAGGCUACGGCGAUCAAAGCAACUCAGCAGUCGGAAAGGCAACCAUACGAUGUUGUUCGCCAGGCCUUGAAGCAAGUCGAGCUGGACAGCUCGAGGCGUGUUGAGCUCGAGGACUAUGUUGACCUCGUAGCUAGACUCCGCGACACUUCGUUCGCGCCAUCCCAGCGUUCUUCUGGGCCAGUACCAACCUCCGCAGCUCCAACCGGUGCGCGGCAUGUUUCCAAAGGCAGCAUCGGCGGGAAGAUUCACGUUCAAGGCUCCUCUGCGAAUGUUACCCACACCAUCAACGAAGAUGAACGGACAGAGUUUACGCGACAUAUCAACGCGGUCCUUGCCGGCGACCCCGAUAUUGGACACCUCCUUCCUUUCCCAACUGACACUUUCGAGAUGUUUGACGAAUGUAAAGACGGUCUGGUACUCGCCAAGUUGAUCAAUGAUAGCGUUCCUGAUACCAUUGAUGAACGAGUUUUAAACCGCCCAGGAAAGAAAAUAAAGCAAUUAAAUGCAUUCCAUAUGACGGAAAACAACAAUGUUGUCAUUAAUUCCGCUAAGGGCAUUGGCUGCUCAGUUGUCAACAUUGGUAGCGGUGAUAUCAUCGAAGUUCGAGAGCACCUCAUAUUGGGUUUGAUCUGGCAGAUUAUUCGCAGAGGCCUUCUCGGGAAAAUCGAUAUUAAACUACACCCCGAACUCUACAGGCUUUUGGAAGAAGAUGAGACCCUGGAACAGUUUCUUCGGCUUCCACCAGAACAAAUUUUGUUGCGAUGGUUCAACUACCAUCUGAAGAACGCCAAAUGGGACAGGAGAGUCAACAACUUCUCGAACGACGUCAAAGAUGGAGAAAAUUAUACAGUCCUUCUCAACCAACUAGCUCCAGACAUCUGUUCCCGCAGCCCUCUCCAAACUCGCGAUUUACUCCAGCGGGCAAACGAGGUCUUGGAAAACGCAGACUUGCUUGAAUGCCGCAAGUUUUUGACCCCAACAUCUCUAGUAGCAGGCAACCCUAAACUUAACCUUGCCUUCGUGGCCAACCUGUUCAACACACAUCCAGGCCUAGAUCCUAUUACAGAGGAAGAAAAACUUGAAGUCGAAGACUUUGAUGCCGAGGGUGAACGCGAGGCCCGUGUUUUCACUCUUUGGCUGAAUUCUCUGGAUGUCCAGCCAGCUGUCAACUCGUUAUUUGACGAUCUUCGCGAUGGAACAAUCCUCCUGCAAGCUUACGAUAAAGUUAUCCCUGGAAGUGUUAACUGGAGGCACGUUAACAAACCCCCUACUUCUGGCGGCGAGCUCAUGCGAUUUAAGGCUGUGGAGAAUACAAACUAUGUCAUUGAGCUAGGAAAACAAAACCACUUUUCCCUUGUUGGCAUCCAGGGAGCCGAUAUUACUGACGGGCAGCGGACUCUGACUCUCGGGCUUGUAUGGCAGCUCAUGCGCAAAGAUAUCACCAAUACAUUAUCCUCGCUUGCGCAGAGAAUGGGUAAGCGUGAGAUCACGGACAACGAAAUGAUCAAAUGGGCAAACGACAUGUCACGUGCAGGGGGCAGGAGUUCUGCCAUCCGCAGUUUCAAGGACCAAUCAAUUGGAACUGGCAUUUUCUUACUUGACGUACUCAACGGAAUGAAGAGCAACUAUGUGGACUAUGACCUGGUUACCUCUGGACGCACAGAUGAAGAUGCGUACGCAAACGCGAAAUUGAGUAUCAGUAUCGCACGGAAGAUGGGCGCGACCAUCUGGCUCGUCCCUGAAGAUAUAUGCCAAGUUCGCUCACGACUCGUUACCACUUUUAUUGGUUCUUUGAUGGCUACGUAUGAGAAGAUGUAAAAAGUAGUUUCUGCAUUUAUGAAGGAAAAUGUUUCAAGCGUCUACUAUGGAAUGAAUCUGCAUGACUGGCUAGAUACUACAUUCCUGGGAUCGCACACAUCUCCUUUUACCUUUUCCUCAUCAUUCAUUCCUCCUUCGCCUUCGUCGACAUUAUCCUUCUUUUGUUUUCUUCGGUUUAUUUGCUAUUUAAAUGUAACCAUAUCUUUAUUCCCGAUUCGUCUAUUGGUUAAUUGGUUCGGAACCCGCAGCCUUGACAGCUGACUACCGGUGUUGGUAGGCAGCUUACCAGCUCAUAGGCUCAUAGGCUCAUUUCAAGUUUAGACACUAAUAGUAACUCUCCAAAAGUAAAGAAAUGGUAUCAACAUCGUUAUCAAUGCUUC